UUCAUCUCCAAAUUUUUCCCUUUCCCCAUUUUGCAAAUGCCGUCACCCUCUCAAACUGCUAUUUGCUGUCAAAUUUUUCCAAACCCUAGCAAAACUACUCAUGUUCGCUACCAAACAAAAUUCUGAUCCAGUAUAUACGUUGAUUUUGCCGACUUCCUGCUAGCCGUGGCCUAAUGAAUGACUUUCGCUCUUCAUCGUCGUCGUCUUCUUCCUCCUAUGACUCCGCCGUCGGACCACCGCAAGCGAAUGCCAUGGGGAGUCAGUCAUCUUCUCAAGGAAUCUCCCAAAUAGUGUCUCGUUGCUGGCGGGAUGUGUUCUGGUUGGUGAUAUUUAUAGCGCAUUUGGUUGUGGUAGGUUUUGCUCUCGGGGUUUUUGGGCUAAAUAGGUUUAAGCAAUUGGAUAGGCUAAAUAUUGAUAAAUACACAAUGGGAUUUCUCGAAAAUAAGGAUGGUUUAACUGAAGACUACUGGCCAUUGUAUGCCGUGGCUGGUGGAGUUGGUGCAGUUUUGGGGUGGACUUGGUUAUUCUUGCUCGGUUCACGUGCCACUCAAAUGAUGAAGUUCUCUGUGCACAUAUUGACUACAUAUCUUGCUGUCAUCAGUGUGCUGUGUUUCUGGAUCGAGCAGUUCUUCUGGGGUGUUGCAUUUGCUAUUGGUGCUGCAUUGCAGUUCCUGUAUGUCAUCUCUGUUAUUGACAGGCUCCCGUUUACCAUGCUGGUACUACAAAGAGCAGUACAAAUGGUCUGGGACCUUCCUGAGAUCACAAGAGUAGCUAGCCUUUUCAUGCUAGUAAUGCUUUUGUGGCUAGCCCUGUGGUCUUUUGGUGCAGCUGGGGUUGUUGCUUUAGGCAUUGGAGAUAGUGGUCUCUGGUGGCUUCUUGUGGUUCUGUCAGUGAGUUUGUUUUGGACUGGUGCAGUUCUCUGUAAUAUUGUCCACGUCGUUGUUUCGGGUAUGGUUUUUCUUGUUCUUAUCCAUGGUGGUCGAGAAGCAUCAUCAAUGCCUCCCAAACUAGUUAUGAGUUCGUUGCAACAUGCUGUCACUACUUCUUUUGGCAGUAUAUGCUACGGGUCACUUUUUACUGCUGCUAUUCGAACCCUACGGUGGGAGAUCAGAGGAUUGCGGUCAAAAAUUGGCAACAAUGAGUGUCUGCUCUGCUGUGUUGAUUUUUUGUUCCAUUUAGUAGAGUUUCUGGUUCGCUGGUUCAAUAAGUAUGCUUAUGUCCAGAUUGGUGUUUACGGGAAAAGCUUUAAUCACUCAGCGAAAGAUGCGUGGGAGUUAUUCCAGUCCACCGGUGUGGAGGCACUUAUAGCAUACGAUUGUUCAGGUGCUGUUUUGUUCAUGGGCACAGUGUUGGGUGGGCUGAUAUCAGGAACAUGUGCAGCAAUCUGGACCAGGAUCAAGCAUCCCGAGAGGGUGGUUAUGGUAGGCUCUACUGCUAUGUUGAUGGGUAUGAUCUUGGUUGGACUGGCCAUGGUGGUCGUGGAAAGUGCAGUUACAUCGAUUUAUAUCUGUUAUGCAGAAGAUCCAUCGUUGAUAAGCAGGUGGGAUGCAGCAUUCUUCGCCCAGAUAUCGGAAAAACUACAUCAACGCCUGCAGCACAGAAGUGCUCGUGCCAGACAAGUAUUAGAAAAUAGAAUAGACCAAAUACAGGAAGAAGCAGGACUUGCUUGACUUGAUUUUAUAUGAAAUUAUACAAUGUAUAUCUAAAUAUGGCUUCAUGUAACUGAUCACCGAACUUGUAUAAAAUGUUGUCACAUUAUUUC